AUGGGCAUUGUGGCGGGGCGAAAGGAUUUUCAGCCGGAGAAUUUGGACGCAAGCACUUGGCCUGCUUAUGAAGGCACAAUCAAUCCAAACAAGCACGCUCCUGCCUCAGUUUGUACCCCUCAAAUGGAAUCCGAGGACCUCAACCAAGCAUACUUCUCCUUCACAUAUAUUCGAGAUCGUAUUCCGCCACUACCACCUAUACCAGAUACGACACAAGUGCGUCAACAGGAAAUUAAUCGUUUGAUAAUUCAAUCCGAAAUGAAUUCUUCAACUCCACGAAGCGGUUGGUCUGUACAUGGACCUCAAAAUGCAUGGGGAAACCUCGGAGCUAGUGGUGAUCCAAAUGAUUCUCGAACGAGUGAUGCAUGGCAAGACAGUUCUACUCGUACUGCUAGAAUACAAGAUUUGAAAACUCAGAGAUGGACUUCUACAGCAGACGAUCAGGCCUAUGCGUCGGAUCGGAACCUUGCUGCUCACAGAGGUGACCAAACCGAAACCAAUAUCAACACAUCUUCAUACCCUCAUUCAGAUUUACCACUGCCCCAUCCAAAUCUAAAUCUCGAUUUUCGUAUGUCAGUUUCCCUAAAUCCUCGAAUUUCCAUUGGCCAAACACCAUUUGGACAUCGAAAUUGGAUAUCAUUCACAGGUGGUGUGUGGUCUGGAUCGUGGGGAUCAGGAAUCCCCGGAGGUCAGGAUAGCCAACUGAUAAUACCAGACGGAUCAGCCCGUCUAGAAACGAAUUAUCUACUUCAAACUCAUGAUGAUCCUCCAGCACAUAUUGCGAUCAAAACGCAUGGUUGGAGAACGGGUCCGACUGAAGUAUUGGCUCAGCUAGCGGACCCUGCGUUAGCUGAUCAAGUUGACCCGAAUAGUUAUAAAUUUAGGUUGUUUAUCGAGAUGGAGACAGGUGAUGAGAGAUAUUGUUCAAAGGUCAAUUGUGGAAUGUGGGUGGGUAGUGGAAUGAGAAAGGGGGCGGAAGUUAUCUAUGAAAGAGGAAGUAGUGAUGGUGAAAAUGCCGGCCCGGGAGUUCUACUUCUUCCAUUGACUUCGAGCAGAUCAUGA